AUGAUUCGCCUGACCGAGCACCGACCUAAACAACAUGCCGAGCCAUACUACGGCCUCUCCCUGUUACAUCACAGGCAAAAUUGGAUAAGUGUCCAUCCUGAUGCAAGGCAAUUGAAAUUGGAGGAUGACGAUGGCCUCGCUGGGCCUGGGCUGGCACGGCCCGACCUGACCCUCCCCCUGCCCCAGCGGGACGCUUCCCUCGCGAUGCCACUGCCACUCCCGCCGCCCACCUCCGCCACCCCUCCCACUGCAUCCUCCCAGAUCCCGGUCCUCUCCGACCUGGAGCGCCUCCGACGCAUCGGCAGCGGCAGCGGAGGCACCGUCUGGAUGGUCCGGCAGCGCCCCACCGGACGGAUCUACGCCCUCAAGAUCAUCUACGGCAACCACGAGGACGCCGUCCGCCGACAGAUCUGCCAUGAGAUCGAGAUCCUCCGCACCGCCGAUAACCCGUACGUCGUCCGGUGCCACGGAAUGUACGACCACGCCGGCGAGAUCCAAAUCCUCCUCGAGUACAUGGACGGGGGAUCCCUCGAGGGCCGCCGCAUCUCCUCCGAGCUCUUCCUCGCCCACGUCGCCCGCCAGGUGCUUGCCGGAUUGGCCUACCUCCACCGCCAGCGCAUCGUCCACCGCGACAUCAAGCCCUCCAACCUCCUCAUCAACUCCGCCCGCCAGGUCAAGAUCGCCGACUUCGGCGUCGGUCGGAUCCUCGCCCAGACCAUGGACCCCUGCAACUCCUCCGUCGGGACCGUCGCCUAUAUGAGCCCCGAGCGCAUCAACACCGACCUCAACUAUGGCAUCUACAACGGCUACGCCGGCGACAUUUGGAGCUUCGGCCUCAGCAUCCUCGAGUUCUACCUUGGCCGCUUCCCCUUCGACGAGAACAUCGGCCGCCAGGGGGACUGGGUCUCCCUCAUGUGGCCUCCCGUCUCGACCCGUUACGGGCCGUGCUUGGCACGGCCCGUCUCGUGCCGUGCUGAGCCCAGCCCGCCAAUCCACGGGCCUUGGGCCGGGCCGGGCUUCGGUUUUUCGCUGAGCGGGCCGUGCCCGACACGGCCCGCUAACGAAGCGGGCCGGGCCAGGCACGGCCCGUUUAGUCCGUGGCCUAGUGGGCCUGGGCCGGGCCGGCCCGGCACGGCCCGAUGCCCAUCACUGGCCACACCGGAUACGGACUGCACCAAUUGUCCCCUGCACCCAUCAGGACCACCGAAUGCUACCCACGGUACUCCCCAUCACCCGCCGCCCAUCCGAUGUUCCCUUUCCCGAAUCAACGGCCGGAAUCAAGAGUUAUCCACAGGGACAAUUUUGUAACUCUGUCAAUAAGAGACCAACGCGUGGUGGAGAUCUAGCGGGGCCCAGAUCCGAUGGUAGACACGUGGCUCCACCUCGUUCCAAGCCUGGUAUACAGAGGGGCGGCGAAGGCUAGAAGGGAAGCACAGAGAAGAGAGACAGCGAGAGGGAGCGAAUGGGAGGCGAUCACACGGAUCGGUGAUGUGGAGGAAAGAUUUCAAAUCCCGCCCAAACUCCCAGACCGUUUCGCCCUCCGUCCAUUGGAUUUUAAUUUCCCCCCACGCCCUCGCGCCCCUUCCUCCUCUCCCCUUCUUAUCCCCCCACGCCUACGCCCUCCCUUAUCUCAUCCCAUCGCCACUUAGAACGACAUCUCUCUCUCUCCUCGUCCUUUCCUUUUCUGCCUCGCUCGACGAAACCCUAACCCUAAGAUUUCGCCAUGAAAGGUGGGAGGUCGAAGGCCGACACGUCGAAGAAGGCCGACACUAAGCUUUCGAUGAAGAGGAGGGGGGCGGAGAAGGCGAAGAAGACGGUGAAGAAGGCGAAGGCCGGGAAGGACCCGAACAAACCGAAGAGGCCGCCAAGCGCCUUCUUUGUCUUCAUGUGACCUACGAUUUAUAAUCUAUUUGUCUUUUUCUAGGCAUAGAUCUCUUUCUCCGACGAAUAUAUCUUUAUGCUUUCUCUUCGGAUUGGAUUUUCGACGGCAGGGAGGAGUUCCGGAAGCAGUUCAAGGAAAAGAACCCAAAUAAUAAGCUGGUCUCUGUGGUUGGCAAAGCCGGAGGUGAUAAGUGGAAAUCCUUGUCUGAGGCUGAGAAGGCUCCCUACGUGGCCAAGGCAAACAAGUAUAAGACCGAAUACACCAAGAACAUGGCCGCUUACAAUAAGAAAACGGCUGAGGGACCAAC